GGGCGGUGCGGGGCCCGUUCCCCGCUCUGGCGCGUCCCCGGGUUCCCCCUCGUCCCGGCGGGCGGGCGGUGGGGCCCGGUUUGGCCUGCUCUGGGCGCUGAGGAACGGGCCCUCCCACCCCGGGUAACCCGGUUUUAAUUUCCCCGCCAGGCCCUUCUGAGGCAAGAGCGAAGAUGCCCUCCGCGCAGAAGCCGAUGCGGUACGGCCACACCGAGGGACACACCGACGUCUGCUUCGAUGCCACCGGGAGCUGCAUCGUAACUUGCGGCAGUGAUGGAGACGUCAGGAUUUGGGAAAACCUGGAUGACGAUGAUCCAAAGUCCAUUAACGUGGGAGAAAAGGCCUAUUCCUGUGCGCUAAAGAACGGAAGACUGAUUACAGCGGUAUCGAACAACACUGUGCAGAUACACACGUUCCCUGAAGGAGCUCCAGAUGGCAUCCUGACCCGUUUCACCACGAACGCAAACCAUGUCAUCUUCAACAGCGACGGUACCAAAAUUGCUGCUGGGUCCAGUGACUUUAUGGUCAAAGUUGUGGAGGUGGCUGAUAGCAGCAAGCAGAAAACAUUCCGAGGACACGAUGCUCCUGUUUUAAGCCUGUCUUUUGACCCCAGGGAUGUUUACCUGGCAUCGGCAAGCUGUGAUGGUUCUGUCAGAGUGUGGAAAAUUGCAGAUCAGACGUGCACGACGAGCUGGCCGCUGCUGCAGAAAUGUAACGACGUGAUAAAUGCAAAAUCAAUCUGCAGGCUUGGCUGGCAGCCUGGCAGUGGGAAGUUGCUGGCGAUUCCUGUAGACAAAGUUGUUAAACUGUACAGAAGAGAAACCUGGGACAGCAAACUGGAUCUAUCAGACCCAUUCAUCACACAGCCCUUGAACGUUGUGGCCUGGUCUCCUUGUGGGCAGUACCUGGCAGCUGGAAGCGUGGGUGGGAAUAUCGUGGUGUGGAAUGUGGAAACCCAGGAGUGCAUAGAGAGAAUGAAGCAUGAGAAAAAUUACACCGUUUGUGGCCUGGCAUGGCACCCCAAACACAGGCAAAUCGCUUAUACGGACACUGAAGGGAAUCUGGGCUUACUGGAAAACGUCGGUGAUGGAAAGAAACCAAAUGACAAGGUGGCCAGUACAGUGACAAAAGAUUACAAUGAUCUCUUUGAUGGAGACGAUGAUGACUAUUUAAAUGGAGAUAUGGUUGAACCACAGUCUUCCCCAAAGGCUGGAGCUGAUGAAGAUGAUGGUGAUGAUGAUGACCUUAGGCCAACUUCGGGCCAUCUGAGACGGGCAGUAAUUGAUGAUGAUGACAACUUACUAGAUAUUGGGAUGAUAAAAGCUAAUCUGAAUCUUGAAAAAGAAGAUGGUGACGAUGACCAGACUGGUGGCUUUCCAGCUUUGCCACUGUCAUCUACACAACAGCCGGUCUACGAUGGGCCAAUGCCAACCCCCAAGCAAAAGCCGUUCCAGUCGGGCUCCACUCCUGCGCAUCUCAUGCAUCGGUUCAUGGUCUGGAAUUCCGUCGGCAUCAUUCGCUGUUACAACGAUGAGCAAGACAAUGCUAUAGAUAUCGAAUUUCACGACACCUCCGUGCAUCAUGCAACGCACCUGCCGAACUCUCUGAACCACACGAUGGCUGAUCUCUCCACUGAAGCAGUUUUACUGGCCUGUGAGAGCACAGAGGAACUCGCCAGCAAGCUCCAGUGCAUUCACUUCAGCUCCUGGGAUGCAAACAAGGAGUGGACAGUAGACAUGCCGAAGGACGAGGACAUUGAGGCCAUUUGUCUGGGCCAAGGCUGGGCUGCUUGUGCCACCAGUGCCUUGCUGGUUCGUGUCUUCACAGUUGGGGGAGUUCAGAAAGAGAUCUUCAGCCUCCCGGGUCCAGUGGUGUCUAUGGCAGGACACGGAGAGCAGUUGAUUGUUACUUAUCACAGAGGCACUGGCUUUGAUGGAGACCAAUGUCUCGGGGUACAGCUGAUGGAGCUGGGAAAAAAGAAAAAGCAAAUUUUGCAUGGAGACCCUCUUUCUCUUACAAAGAAAUCCUACUUGGUGUGGGUCGGAUUCUCUGCAGAAGGUACCCCUUGUUACGUGGAUUCUGAGGGAACAGUGCGGAUGUUGAACCGGGGGUUUGGGAACACUUGGAUUCCGGUGUGCAACACAAGAGAGCAUUGCAAAGGAAAAUCGGAUCAUUAUUGGGUAGUUGGCAUCCAUGAAAACCCUCAGCAGCUCAGGUGUAUUCCUUGCAAAGGAGCCCGGUUCCCUCCUACGCUCCCGCGACCCGCCGUAGCAAUAUUAUCUUUUAAACUUCCUUACUGUCAAGUGACGACAGAAAAGGGACAGAUGGAGGAACAAUACUGGCGUUCUGUUGUAUUUCACAACCACGUGGAUUACUUAUCAAAAAAUGGCUACGAAUUUGAUGAAAAUACUAAAAAUCAGGCAGUGAAAGAACAGCAAGAGCUUUUAAUGAAACUAUUUGCCCUUUCUUGUAAACUGGAGCGGGAAUUCCGUUGUGUGGAACUUGCUGACCUCAUGACGCAGAACGUUGUGAAUUUGGCCAUCAAGUACGCGUCUCGCUCUCGGAAGCUGAAUUUAGCUCAGCAGCUCAGUGAGAUGGCUGUGGAGAAAGCAAGUGAAUUGGCAACGGCACCGGAAGGUGAAGAGGAGGAAGAGGAUUUCCGAAAGCACUUGAAUGCUGGCUCUGCCAGGGAGUGGAGUCGGCCGCCCAUCAGAAAUGUUCAGCAGGACCAAGAAAUGGAAGAUGCUGAGGAAACUGAUGGUUGUGAGGAAGCAGAAGAAACACCCGAAGUACCUAAACAGAGGCCAAAUCCUUUCUCCAAAGGUGUCACUUCAGCAGAGGCGACAACUCCGAAAUCUGUUGUAAUUGCAUCAAGCAGCCAAGGACGCGUGAAUCCCUUUAAGGUGGCAUCUAACAAAAAGGACCCAGUGGUCCCCGCAGCAAAUGUUCUAGACACUAUGAGCAAAUACUCAAAGAAAACUUCUCUGUCUGGCAGUCGAGCUGUAACCAAGCAGAACCAUCUCGUUAUAAAACCUCUGACUCCCAAACCCAAGUCCAAGCAGGCUUCAGCAGCCUCCUUCUUCCAGACUCGUACACCGAACUCUAGUGAAAAAACAGCAGAAGAAAGAGAAGAAAAAGCAGGAAACGAGCCCCGUGAAGUCAAAGUCGCUGCACAGGAGAACACUGAAAACAGAAGAGCGAAGACGGGAUUCCAGAUGUGGCUAGAAGAGAACAGAGCAAACAUUUUGACAGAUAAUCCUGAUCUGAAUGAAGCAGAGAUAAUAAAAGAAGGUAUGAGUCGAUUCAGAAUGCUGUCGUCAGAAGAAAGGAUGGCGUGGACUGAGAAAGCCAAAGGAGGAGCACUGAAUGAUUUAACAGACGAUAAAAAGCGCAAGCGUCCCACGGCCGAUGAAGACGAAGCGAAAAAGAACCAGGAGCAAAACUCAGAGGACUCAAAUUUAUCCAAAAAGCCAAAGCCUUUAGAUCAAUCCGCAAAUGUCAGAUUGUCAGCGUUUGCAUUCAAGCAAAGCUAAGCCGUGUGGUACCUUCUCAGCCUCUGUUUUCUGAUAACAUUAAAUAGCCCUAGAUUGAAAAACUUGCUCAAGGAGCACUAGCAAAGGGGUGUCUCGCUCCAAAUAGUCUUUUAGAAAGUAUUUUAUUAUCAUUUAUGGAUGGAAAUGUUGAAUCCGCUCUCUCCAUCUUUUGCAAGUUAAGAGCACAAAGCUUGAUUAUGAAACUAACCCGCGGAUCUGUUACCUGGCAGCUCAGCCCCACUCUGUGCAGAGCUGUGGGCCCCAUGCUGUGAAGAUUUGAUGCUAAACCUGGAUUAGGCCCUCUGGGGAGGAUAAAGUGGGUACAGAAACUCUCAUGUGGUUUAGAGAGGCGAAGUUACGGCUUCUGCGCCGUUGCUUUUGCCCACUGCAAACACGGGUGGGAGAAGGACACUCAGGAAAAGGGAACGUAGUUUAACACGGUGCUGCAUUGAAGGAUUUCAGCUGCAUUUUCAACAUGUGCGGCUGUGACAGCGGCAGAGAGCGGCCUGAUCGGGAAAACCAGGGCCAGCAGCCGAAUUCGGAAGGUCGAACGUGCAAAAAUGAGCCGUUCCAGCCUACGCGAAUGUGUUUCUCUGGUCCACGCUCAGCAGGAAGUGCUCGCAACUUGAAAAUGUCUGUAUUUUAUGUAAUGUCCGGGGUUUUCUAAAUAAAAUGCAAACGUUGCUUUGUUUAA